CUUUACUAAUCCCAAAGGGAAAUGAAAUAUCCAAGAAUUGUGGGUAAAUUCUGACAGCUGUGAGCAGGAAGGAUCUCCUGUAGCAGUCUGCACUACAGCGGCCCUGAAUAAGCCUCUGAAUUUGACUGAAGUAUUCAUACCCUUUGAAUUUUGUUUUUCACAUUAGAACUAUAAACUUCACUCGUUUUUAUUUUUGUUUUUCCUUCCAACUUCUUCACUUAAAAAUAAAAAAGCGGGAACACGGGGAAGUUGAGGAAGAAGGUCAAAAUUAACCGUGGAGUGCUGGCCCAGAGGGGCUCGAAUGCACAACACAUGUCUCAGAUAUUUACUGUAGGCAGUUUGAUCGAGUUGGGAUUUUAAAAAAUUUUAUUCCAUAACAAUAUCGAUUUUGCUGCUACAGCACAACAAAAAUGAAAAAUGGUUGAAGAAAAACGUAAUACUUUUGCGAAUCCUUGUACCAAGUAAAGAGCAUCCUGUUCGUGACCCGCUAUUUUUACUGCAAAAACAAAACCAAAAAACCAUGAAUAAAUAAAUGAAAGAUGUUGUGUAAUCAUUUGAACAGCUCUGCGGGUUGCCAGUGAUGCCUGAUGUUGCUUAAUCCCACUUUGCAGCCUCCCUGUAGUGCAACAAAGCAGAAGAUCCUUAUAUAAGGCCCAGUGUGCAGCUUUCUCUCGACGAGGCGUGUUGGAGGAGCUCCUCGAUUUCUGAGCAAAAGAAUGGCUGUCGGAACGCUGACUCUGUGGCUCUUCCUGGUGGGGACGGUGCUGUCGCUGGGCAGGGGUCAGCACUGGUCAUUCGGACUGAGCCCGGGCGGAAAGAGGGAACUGGAUGGCUUCCCAAACACGCUGGACAGCAUUUUUGAAGGCUUCGCUCACAUGGCUGCUCCUUGCAGCGUUCUGGGCCGUGGAGAGGAGUCACUGCCCGCCAAAAUCUACAGAAUGAAAGGACUUCUCGGGAGCGUGUCUGAGAGGGACCACGGACACCAACCAUUCGAAAAAUGAUGUCUGGUGUGUUUCUAUGUGUUUGAUUCAAACGUCAUUAAUUGCUGCGGAGCAUGGCAUCAGGUUCACAGCUCAUGAAUAAAAGUUGCUCAGUC